AAAAAAAAAAAAAAAAAAAAAACUUUAAAAAUUAUACCAGAUAACGCUAGAAGGAGGGGUCGAACCUCCGACCUUGUGGUUAACAGCCACACGCUCUAACCAACUGAGCUAUUCCAGCUUCUUAUUAUACAAUUCUCCACUAAUUCAUUUAUAUCAAAAUCCCAAAAUACACAACAAAAACAAUGGAAAAACUUCAACAAACAAAGAAAACAAUCAAAAAAACAACAGAAAACAAACUUCCCAAAACCACCCAAAACCGGCGGAUUAUGCGGCGGCUCACCACUUUCUCUCUCCUCCGACCACCGCACUCUACACCCUUCUCCACCACCUCUGAACAAACCCCAUCUCUUUACUCUUUCCUUCAACCGUCUCUCUUCUCCCGUAAACCACUGUCACCGUCACCAUCACCACCACCGCCGCCGUCACCGUCACCAACAACCCCAACAAUCCCUUUAACCUCCGAACACAAAACCACCUUAGAAACCACCCUCCACCAUUCUCUCUCCUCCUGCAACACAGAUGAAGCUUGGAAAUCAUUCAAGUUACUCACCAACACUUCCUGUUUUCCCAGUAAGUCUCUUACAAAUUCACUCAUUACCCAUAUGUGUUCUCUCUCUGAUGUUCAUAAUCUCAAAAGGGGUUUUGCUUCGGUUGUUUUUUUGAUCGAGAAGAAUCCCAAUUUGUUGGAAUUUGAUACUGUGAAAAGGGUUUUGAGUUCUAUGGUUGUUGCUAAUACUGUUGCUCCUGCUUUUGCUUUGGUUAAAUGUAUGUUUAAGAAUAGGUUUUUUGUGCCUUUUCAUGUCUGGGGUUCUUUGUUGGUUGAGAUUAGUAGGAAGAAUGGGAGUUUUGUUGGUUAUUUGGGUGUUUUUCAUGAGAAUUGUAGGGUUGCUAUUGAUGAGAAGUUGGAUUUUAUGAUUCCUGAUUUGGAUGCUUGUAAUGCUGCUUUAGAAGGGUGUUGUUUUGAUCUUGAAUCGGUGGAGGAGGCUGAGAGGGUUAUUGAGUUGAUGUCUGUUUUAGGGGUUAGGCCUGACGAAUUGAGUUUCGGGUUGCUUGGGUAUUUGUAUGCAUUGAAGGGUUUAGAAGGGAAGAUUAGUGAGUUAGAGGGUUUGAUGGGUGGAUUUGGGUUUACUGACAGGGUGUUGUUUUUGAGUAAUUUGAUUAGGGGGUAUGUUAAGGCAGGAAAUGUAGAGUCUGUCUCUAAGACUGUCUUGCGGAGUUUGGAAGGAGGGGGUGAAGACGGUUCGAAAUUUAGUGAGGAAACUUAUUGUGAGGUUGUGAAAGGGUUUCUUAAACAUGGGAGUGUUAAGGAUUUAGCAGCAUUGGUUGUUGAAGCUCAAAUGUUGGAACCUGAAAGUGUUGUAGGGGAAAGUACGACGGGUUUUGGCAUUGUUAAUGCUUGUAUUGUACUUGGGAUGUUGGAUAAGGCACAUAGUAUAUUGGAUGAGAUGAAAGCUCAAGGAGCUGCUGUUGGACUUGGUGUGUAUUUGUCAAUACUAAAAGCCUAUUGCAAAGAGCAUCGGACAGCUGAGGCUGCACAAAUGGUAGCAGAGAUUAAUUAUUCUGGUUUGCACUUGGAUGUUUGUUGUUAUGAUUCUUUAAUAGAAGCAGCGAUGUCAAGCCAGGAUUUCCAGUCUGCCUUUACUUUAUUUAGGGACAUGAGGGAUGCAAGAGUAUCGGAGUUGAAAGGGAGUUAUCUUACCAUAAUGACUGGCUUGACAGAAAAUAACAGGCCUGAAUUGAUGGCAGCAUUCUUGGAUGAGGUAGUUGAGGACCCUCGCAUUGAAGUAGGAACACAUGACUGGAAUUCUAUUAUACAUGCCUUUUGUAAGGCUGGUCGGAUCGAAGAUGCUAGUCGAACAUUUAGGAGGAUGGCCUUUCUUCAUUUUAGACCUAAUGGACAGACUUAUUUGUCAUUGAUUAAUGGUUAUGUAGCUGCAGGGAAAUACUUCAACGUUUUGAUGCUUUGGAAUGAGGUUAAAAGGCGAGCUUCGACUGAUGACUCUGUAGGCUUUAAGUUAGACCAUAGCUUGAUUGAUGCUUUUCUCUAUGCCCUGGUUAAAGGGGGGUUUUUUGAUGCUGUGAUGCAAGUAGUGGAUUUAUCUCGUGAAUGGAAGAUUUUCGUAGAUAAGUGGAGAUACAAACAAGCAUUCAUGGAGAACCACAAGAAAUUGAAGAUAUCAAAAAUGAGAAGAAAGAACUUCAAGAAGAUGGAGGCCUUAAUAGCUUUUAAAAAUUGGGCUGGCUUGAGUACAUGAAGCUUAUAGAUGUUCCAUGCCUACUUCCAGGCAAAAAUUUGAACUUUAUCAAAUUGGAUGAUGGUGGCUCGUUGUCAACCCUCUUGCCAGGGCAGAAAAGAGAAUGGAGGAAGUACUCAAAAUCAUUACUUUUUAUCUGCUGCUCUUUUGAAAAUUUAUGAAGCAUACACAGCUAUAUCAGGUACUAAUCAAUCUCUCUCACAACUAAGGUUUCUGCCACUAAGGGCAAUGCGCCUGUAGGCCUUUCCAUCAGUACUUGGAAUACCGAACCCAUCAAGGGUAGAGUUUGUAUGUAUGUACUCGAAGAUUAUACAGGCUUAUUUUAGGGCCUUAGGGGCUGUAUUAUUUGUAGAACACCCUUCCCGAAUUAAAUUUUACAAAGUAUUAUUUUCCGGUUACUUGUUAAUUUUACUUAUUGCUAGUAUGGCUAGCACUCACCCUCCCUAUCCUACCAAACCCGGGUCCCUUGGUAGCCAGGCUGCCCUUAAUGUUUUGCUAUUGUAAGGUAACACUCUUAUUUGGUGUAAUAAAUGUUGCAAUGCUUAAGAUUUUAUUUA